AUGGGCACAGUUCACGCUCCACCAGACCGCUCUAUUCACCCCCGGAAGCUCCCGCCCCAGACUCCUGUCCGAUUUCCCCAGUGUUCGCCACAGGCGGCUCCUUCGCCCACGUCCCCGCCCGGCCAGCCGUUGGUUCCACUACUACAGAGCAUCUGUAGACCAGCUGACUUCAGAGACUCGCACUUUGAGGCACUCGGCCUCCACGUGAUAUCUGAUGCUCCAUCACAAGAUAUCGUCCCCGACUCCAGCUUUUUGCCCCCGGCUGAGGAAUGGAAUGCGAUCGACGACGAUAUUCUGCUGGAGGUCGAUGAUGCAACGAAGAAGCCCUUGAACAAUGGCAAGCUUUGCCCAGGCGCCCAGACUUAUCGGGAGCGGCAAAGUGAGCUUUUCAUAGACAACACCGCAGCCUUUCGCACCAUCCGCCGCAUACCACCUCCGACUGGAGAAGCAGCCGUCCGGUUGGGGAAUGCAUAUGAGUUUUUUAAAAACCUAGAGUUAUUCUCGGCCUAUUGGGACGACACCUCAUUGCCGACCACACCAGAACCACCCUCAAAACCAGACACUCCCCAAGAACAAGUAGAAACUCCCCACCAACCUCAUCUCCAAACCCAUCAGCGCACCGGCAUCGGCUCUCAGCUCCCCCCAGAAUUCCGUCAAAAUCUCCUUACUGCCUUCAUCAAACUAGUUGCGUAUGACUUCGGUUGCAAUGUCUCCUUUCCUCGCCACGAACCCAGGCUAUACCUGACCCCUCCGCCAUCCAGUUCCGCUCCUCCAUCCCACUUCAACUCCUCGGCAAAUUUCAUCUACCGUAUUCCUACAGAACGCAUAGCGGCCCGUUCCGGCACUCUAGAAGGCCCGGUGGCAGCAAUAUCAUGCCGAACGAGCACCGUCUUCGCCACCGAGGCAGAUUCUCGCCUCGACCUCGCCAGGGAGGUCGUGGCCGUGUUGCUUACAGCACAGCAGCGUGCUCGGGAAGGCAAGACUGAGAAGCGCUUUGGCCAAGACAAGUGGUGGGCAACUAAGCCACGGUGGGGGGGCGGUCCAGGUGGUCCCAUAGGUAGGGAGGCAGACAAGCCAGAUGAAUUGGCUUCUGUCUCCACAGAUACACCUGAGAGUACUGCUUGUGACGACAAUGGAAGUCAAGUUGUAGCCGAGACGAGGAGACUCUUCGGCAUCAGUGGCCCGAGUUCAAGCAAGCGGGCCAAGAAAGCUAGAGGUAAUAUGCAUAUUUAUGAGAAUUAUCGGAAGCUGAUGCCACCGGCUCCGAUGUGGGAUCGUCGCGCGAGAUAUUGCCCAAUUGGAAAGGAGGUCAGCGUGGGAAAUGAUGGAUUUGAUGAUAUCUUCCUGGUCAGUUCGCUAAAUCACCACGUCUCUAUUGUCCGGGUUCGGGUUCCGGAUAAGCUGUUGAGCGUACUCGGAGGCGAAGAUGAGGGGCAAGGAUGGGGGAGGUUGGUUAUGUGGAGGAGCAAAUGGUAUGAUUUGUUUCUCGCAGAGGAGCGAGUUGAAGCUAUGCAGCUUGUGUGGGGGAUGAUAGCUUAUUUGAUGAGGGAGAUUGAUGUGCUGCCAGCUUGUGAUAAGAACCAAGAAGCUGAGCACGAAGAUCAAAUCGCAGGACCUAGUAAGACUGAGAAGUAA